AUGGCGGGUCCUCGCGAAAAAGGGGCGCCUCACCAAAAAGCCAAAGCAGUCCCUCUUACUGCAGGAGGCCGUCGGCCAGCAAGAGAAACACGCCCCAUCGAACGCUUUACCCCUGGAAUUCCUACCUCGCGCUCACCCACAAACCCCUUGGAACUUCCUUCCGUGCCAAUUCCAUUUCGUCUUAAGGUACCACAUCUCGCCAAUUUGGCAACGGUCACCAACCGACCAGGUGGACCACUUGCCAAAUUCGGUCUUUUUAGGAGGUUGCCCGCCGAACUACGACACAUGAUAUGGAAGUACCUUCUCCCUGGCCCAAAUAUUGUCACAGUCUAUGUCAGCAGGGACGGCCGAAAGGAAUCCUACAAGUUCUCCUCCACCCUCGUAGCUCCCAGACUCCUUUGGACCUGCCACGAAGCCCGCGAAGUCGUCCUCCUACGCUAUAAACGUAACGCAUUCAAGCAUCCGAAAAGCGUCAAUGGUUGUUUCUUCAACUUCGAACAAGAUAUUCUGGACUUCCAAUCCUGGGCAAUGGAUUGUCCGCUUGAUGGUAUUGUGGCCACGCAUGGACAACGUACCCGAUGGCUCAGCCACCGAGCCGUCGAAGCCGACAUCAGAAACGUCAAGUACAUGGCAUUCGCACACAUAGCCCUGAUGAGAGAGCUGGAUACCACCCGUAGAUAUCGACCACUGCCCCUCCCAACCUUCUUGCACUUCAGCAGUCUGCAGAAAGUCGUAAUUGUCUUCACCUUCCGUCAUACGUGGGGCUGUGCGCAGUGUCAAAAUAGCGAGAUGCCGUUGAACGACCAUCUGCUUGUGGAUGAUGCCAAGAUGGUUGUUGGUGAGCUGAAGCAAGACUUGGUGGAGGGAAAGACCUAUUCAUUCAUGUUUGGGAACGAGUGGAUGCCGCCGAAGUGGGAGUGGAGAAUGUGUUGUGCAAUCUCGGAUUGGAAGCGACCAUAUUUGGAGAGUUUGGUGGAACCAGUACGGGUCGAAGAGAUGGAGGAAGGAGACACAAUGGUGAACGAGACGGUUGGUGCUUCGGAUACUUCCCCUGCUGGAGCUGCGAGCCCGAUGGAUACGACUCCUGGUGAGAGUGUGGCGACUUCUUCGUCCGAGAAUGCGAGUAUUCUGGAUACCACUCCCCUAUUGACCGAGGGCGAGAGUGCUGCUUCUACCUCUUCGCCCGACACUCCGAAUAUCAUGGAUACAACCGAGGGUGAGAGUGCUUCUUCGACUUCCACUUCGUCCGAGACUGAGAGUAUGAUGGAUAUGACUGAGGGUGAGAGUGUUUCUUCGAGAACUUCGUUUGAGACUGCGAGUAUGAUGGGCAACCGGAUGGAAAAUUUGCGGGAUGGAGACUAGGUGAGAGCUCUCCCGCUUCUUCUGA